AUGUUCCGAUGCUCGCGAUUUGGGGUUCCAGUGGGCUUUGGCGCUAAUUGCCGAUUUUAUAGUGGACAAGUCGCCUGCUCCGAGUCAGACUUACACCAAGAGUCAUUAUUAUGGGCGCGACCGGAGGCGAUCUGGAAUGACCAGUCCAGAGCAGAGCCAAUCUCAAGUCUAGCUGGCGCUCGUGUUGGCUUGUCCGAGCCCCCGUCGUGGGGCGGCCCUGCGUCCGACACCGGCUGCCGGCACACGACCAGCACGUAA